AUGUCCCUCUCCACAGGCGCCAGUCUAAUCACCCUCUCACUGGUGCUCAACAAACUCUCCGGCCUAUACGGCAUCCUCGCCCUCCUGACGGGCUAUCAUCUUUCACCCUUUCAAUUGUCCAUGUACAUCUACUCCAUCUUCGCACUGGGCCUGACCGUCUACCUCUCCCCACACAUCCGCAAGCAAUCCCCCUUACAAUGCCUGGCGCUCGCCUGGUUCUACGUCCUCGACAGCAUCAUCAAUGCGGCCUUCACCGCCGCCUUCGCCGUGACAUGGUUCCUCGUGCUCGCACAACACCACGCUGGUGACACAACCCCCAAGGGCCCUGGUGCCGGAACCAUCCAAGACACCGCGGGCUUCACGGAUCCGGCGCUGAACGUCACCCACGUUGAAGUCAUCGCCUCGCCGCAACCCGGUAUCUCCGGCGGCCAGGAUGCCGUCGCGGCCGCCGUGCCUGCCUCGUCCCCCGCAGGCACAUCCUCGAACAACCCCAGCGCGGCCCUACAGAACGUCGUCCUGGGCGCCGAAAGCAUGAACUCCAUCGGCGUCAUCAUCACCCUGUGGACCAUCCGCGCCUAUUUCUGCCUCAUCAUGCUCACCUUCGCCCGCAUGGUCCUGCGCCAGCAUAUCGCCCACCACGCCUCGUCGUCAAAGAACUUCUCAUACACCAAUGCGUCCACGAGUUCCGACAUUGCCGAAAACCCCUUCGCGGAGACCAAGCCCGAAGGUCAGGGGUGGAAAGGCAAGCUCGGUCGUGCAAUGGUCAGCAUCGGCCGUAGCUACUGGUUGGGCUCCGACGAGGACGAUUCCUGGAUGUACGGCAUGAAAUUCCGCCGCAGUGUGGAGGCCGGCAAUACCAGUGGAGUGAUGCUGAAUAAACUGGACAGUGCGGCGGGCCCCACGGAACGCGAGAGGAGACGAAGGUCGGGCACUGGCCCACCGGUUCCAGCUUCUGGGGCAAUACCGUUGUUGAACACCAAUGUUGGCGCUGGCGGUGGUGUUGUUGCUGGAGGGAAAGAAGGCAGUGAUGGCGGAAUGACGUUGCAGGUCCCCACGGCGCAAAAUCUGUAG